AUGGGUCACUCUCGAGGUCUCCGGUCUGGCACGCGCUAUGCGUUCAGCCGCAGCUUCCGCCAGAAGGGCAUGAUCCCUCUCUCGACGUACAUGAAGACAUACCGAGUCGGUGAUAUCGUCGACAUCAAGGCCAACGGCGCAGUCCAAAAGGGUAUGCCCUACAAGGUGUACCACGGCAAGACUGGCGUCGUGUACAACGUGACCAAAUCCGCCGUCGGAGUCAUCAUCUACAAGCGUGUCGGAAACCGAUACAUCGAGAAGCGAGUCAACGUCCGCGUCGAGCACAUUGCCCAUUCGAGAUCGAGAGAAGAGUUCUUGAACAGAGUCAAGUCGAACGCCAACCGCCGCCGCGAGGCCAAGGAGAAGGGCGAAUCCGUGCAACUGAAGCGUCAACCUCAAGGUCCCCGAAAAUCCCACGUCGUCGAGUUCACAGGUGUCGAGAGUCUUGCUCCUCAACCAUACGAUACGCACAUCUAA